GUCAAUUAGCGCUCUCAAAAUUAAAAGCAAGGAUGGCGGAGAUCAUCGUCAGCAUUCAGGCGUAUUGUAAAAUACUUCUCCAUGCUGUCAAACAUCCACAUUGUUCUGUGAAUGGUGUAUUACUGGCAGAAGAUAGUAAAUCAAAGGACCGCAAAGUUUUGAAAUUUGUCGACUGUAUCCCUUUAUUUCAUUUAACUCUCAGUCUUGCUCCCAUGCUUGAAGCUGCUUUGCUGCAGAUUGAUGCAUAUUGUAAAAGCAGGGGUUAUGUCAUCGCUGGUUACUAUCAAGCCAAUGAAAAUCUUAGGGACAAAGAAUUGAAUAAUGUGGCCAAAACUAUAGGAAGAAGAAUUCAAGAAAAUUGUCCAGAUUCACAUAUAUUUAUGGUUGAUAAUGAAAGACUACAUCCAGAAUCUGUCUCAGAGUUGUACAGAAUUUAUUCACCAAAGGAAAAUUCAUGGAAACAAGAAGAAAAUAAAGAGACAGUGACGGAGGAAACAUUACGGACGGCAGCCAUGUUGUUGUCAUCUCAAUCGUUUAGGGAAGUUGAUGUGGUGGACUUUGAUAAUCAUUUCAACGACAUCACUCAGGACUGGCGGAACCUCCAGAUAAACCAAAUGUUAGAGAAGUGUACUUGAUGACUGUGGCAAUUAGCCUUUCUGUUACAGAACACAAGAAAUGAUACCAAAUGUGGACCUGCUCAUAGCUAUGAUGGUGCAAGACUCCGUGCCAGGUUUCGGUGGAAAAUGGAGAAACUUGGUGAAUUUGAUUACGGAUUAAAAUUAACGAUUAUAUUAUGUGUUUUUUAAUUAAUAAGUAAAAGUGUUGUGGUGUAAUAACCAUCAAAAUUGACCUUUAUGUAGAAUUUUUUUUUUACAACUAUAAGUGGUUGUAAAAAGAAACCCCCUUCUCUGUAUAUCUGUAUCCUUGUCAGAUGAUGAAAUGAACAAAUGCAGACCAAAGUUGCCAUUCAAUCAUGUAAAGUACAUCUUUAGUUUAUUAUAUGCAGGGCAUUUUAGAACUUCAGGUGCUGAAAUCAUGAUUUUGUGUAUAUUCAAAUGAAAGUGUAACUGUAAGCAUUUUCCCUAUGGUUAGCAUUAAAGAAAAGUGAAAGAAAAGAAACAAACUCAUAAUCUUAAAAAAUCCAUUUCAGCUUUCUAGCGGUGCUUUCACUGAAUUAGAUUCCUUCACCCACCUAUGAGGAGUAUUGUGUUAUAUUGCUGAAUAGCGUUUAAAUCAAAUACACAUUGAUUGUGAAAAAUCAAUCCCCAAUCCCCAAAACAGUGAAAAUCUCUGAUCCGCCUACAAGAUUUAUUUUCUUUGUAUAAUUAAAUCAUAACCAUUUGCAACUUGACAUAAGUAAUAGAUUUGUUGAAUGUGAACAAUUUCUCAUAUCCAAAGCAUCACUUGUAAAAAUGUUUCAUGAAAACUAUUGUAGGUAAAUUUAGAACUAAGAAUUGCCUGAGUGUGUUUGUAAGAGCAAAUAUUUUGCUCCAUUUAAUAAAAAUGGUGUUAUUUUUUCUUAAUACAUUUUCCAUACCUCUGUACACAGGGCUUUUGUAAUUUUAGUUCAUGUACAAGUACUUAUGUAUUAGAAUUUUGACCUGAUUUAAUAUUUAUUUUACCAAUUUUCACGCCCCAACUACCUAAAGAUUUGCCACUCAAAACGCUGAAUUUUAUUCAGCCCUGCAUAUUUUAUACAUCUUAAAGAUAUAAUAUUUAGAAUACCUAUCUUUUCCACUUCUUUGGAUCCACAAAUUGUACAUACAUGUACAAUAUUGAAGUCUAUCAAGUCUUCAUCUGAUUUAUCACAAAACAUUACCUAAUCAUGUUGCUGACUGUUUUCACAGUGUUUUGUCCAUCAUCUCUUGUUAAUCCUCAUCUCUCACAUAAUGUGUAUAUGCAGCUUGUGAGAAUAAAUUGAACAAGUUAAUAGAAAAAGCAUGAAUCAAGUAAUAAAAUAGAUAAUUCAAUGUCCUGUUAAUAAAUGUUGGCAUUAAAAAAAUCUGUUCAGAGUGAAAGGUUGAUAAUUAUGGUAGCCUAAAUUUUGAUGGAUAGUAUUGUGUUUUUACCUCAUUGCUUUUGUGAAUCAUGUCAAUGCUUUAUAGGGUCUGAUUUAUAUUAUAUGUACCACUGCCCUGUUAUAAAGAACCUAGUCAGUAUCUCUCUGCUCUUAUUUCCCAGUUAGAAGAAAUAAAUGUUUGUAACUCAGGAGGCAUGUGUAAAUCUGUCUUUUUUUCAUAUUUUAAAAAUAUUUUGAUGUUUAAGUACUUAUUAGUUUAAAAAUGUUACGAUAAUUUUGAAAUAUAUGUAUACAUUAUAUGUUCUCUGCAUAGUGACCAUAUUGUAUGCCCCUUGUAUGGCCAGAGUGAAAAAGGUGCAUUGCAGUAGUCAAUACACCCAAAUGACCUAAUGUAUGAACAUUUAUUACUAUUAUGAACAUGUGCGACUGCGAAUAGAAUAUAUGUAGCUACAAAUUAUUUAUUUACAACACUAAGCAUGUCCAACAUUCCUAGUUAUAAAAAUAAUGUAGUACGAAGCAAUUACAUGUAUGUAUUAUAUUCUUUGUCACUGUCUUUAAAUACACUGUAGAUUUUCAUUUUUGUAUGUGAACUAGUAUGUCCUAAAUUUAAGGUUUGCAUAGGGAAAGGGGGGAUAUAUGAGUAAGAAAUAUUCUUGAAUAUACAUGUACAUUUCAAGAUCUAUGAAAAUGUAUGUUUAUUAAAAUUUGAGAAUGAAAAAAGUACUUUGAACACAUUAACUAUGAUUAUGCAGAGAAAUUAAAUAAUUAAAAUAU